GGCUGUCCACCCGGAAGGAGCGCCGAUGGUUUUUGUCAGCCGCUCGCUUGUGUGGUUGGCAGGAGGUGGUGCGAGCCCCGCUUGGUGGCGAGGUAAGAAGGAGCGGAGCGCAGAGCCAGCAAACCUGGAGGGGGCGCGGGAUAGCCGAGGAGGACCCAGUUGGCGCUUUUCUCCGCGGGAAUGAUUUUGGGAAGGGGCGCUUACGUAACCGUAGCAUUGGCCUCGGCGCUGAUUCUAUUCUGGCUGCAAUAUGGAAAAGGUACGAAGCGUUUUUGGAGUGUUUAUCUCACCUGCGUAACGCGUACCUUUUACGCGUCGGCUGCUGCAAGCAAUGGAUGCAUAGCACGCCGAAAACAUUGCCCGUUUCCAAUUAGUCACCUGGAAUCAUGUUGUACGAGGUUGUCUGGGACAGCUUGCAUUCUCGAACUGUCUACAUCUCCCCUCCUUUGCUUUAUAGAGCACCCUUAAAAGAAUGGGAGGCGGUCUGUGUAUGUGAGGAAGAAACUUGCUUUGACACCUCGUGUUUACUCAGAAGUAAGCGCCAUUGAGUUCAGUGAUGAUUACUCAGCGGUAUGUAGACCGUGCGUGGAGUUUUACAGCGGAGCGCACCGAUUCGGUGAGAAGUGGAUCCAUUUGGGCAUUAUUUAAAGGCAGAGUUAAAAAAAAAAAGCAAAUGUCCCCAUUAAGGGAUGAAGGCCACCCCACAAUCUUUCCUCUGCAAAAUCGCGGAGAAAUUUUUACGGCAAAAAAAAAAAAGUUCUUAGCCUUAGUUACACUUGAAAUGAAAACUUGAAGCUACAAAGUAAAAACCGAUUUGUUUCGAGGUCAUGAAAGGGCCACUCGGUAGCAAUGGGAUUAAAUUUAUCUUGGUUUUACGUUAGGCGUAGUUUGUUUUGUUUUUUUAGUACCUGUGCCCUGAUUUGCUGAAAUGAACAUUGUGCCAUAUGACAUUUCGCCGACAGUGAAUUGGCUUUUCAAGGGCAGACCCACAUUUUAGAUGCUUGAGAUGUUUUCUAGCGCCGCUUAUCCCGAAUAAUUUAUGCGCAAGUAGAAUGGUGAGAGAAGCCAGAUGGACCAUCUCUAUAACUGCUUUCGGCGGAGGCGUGGCAAAUUCGCCUGAGAUCCAUCGUUCGGAUUGCAUAACCCUUGGAACCAAAAUAUGUAUUGUUUGCCUUUGGUUGUAGUGCCUUCUGCGGUCUCAGCCGACGUGCUUUGCAAAACACAAUUUAGGCUUUGGCGUAUAUGCAUGACUUCAGUGGUGAUUUGUUCACUGAACUGCGGUUUAAGCAAUUCUAUCCAGUAUUUUUUUUAAAGGGAACGGUAUUUCUAUGGUGUGUUGUUCUUUAUAAGCAGUCCUGAUGAAAAAAGCCCGCAAAAAUAACACAAUCAUUUGGACUUUGGUUGAAAACCAGCUUUUAUUCGGAAAACUACCGUAGAUCUAAAUGGCGUGUUUUCUUUUGGAGCGGAUCGACCUUGUUUGGGGCACGUUAGUGGAGUAUCUGUACACCCCCCCCCUUUUUAUUCUGUAGCCACACGUUGCACGCCCCCUUUAUUUGCAGAAAGGCAGUCUGGUCGAGGGAGGCAGGGUUUAAGGACUCCUGCGGGAUUCUUGGUGGAUCUGGGUCCCAAAUUCCAUUUUCUUCCUUACCGCCGUAGGGUUUAGAUCCGUCGGUCGGAACCGGACCCCGAGGGAGCCAUCCUUGUUUUGGGGAUGGAGGAGUGUUAGGGGGCGAGGCCUCGCGCGAGGCGCAUUGUCUUCGCCCGCUCCGUCUCCGCGGUUGAAGUUGUGACCCCCGAGACUCCGCCGCUUUGUGCGUGAACUUGGUGACUGACUGGUGUGCGCGCACGGAGGGGAGGGGGACCGAGUGCAAUGCGCGGUGACGCCGGGCUGGCUUGGGCCCUCCUGAGCGGGGGAGGAGGAGGCCGGCUCAGAGCUUCUCUUCGGCGCCGACCUCAUACCGCCACCGGGUCAUCCCCUAAGCCGCCGGGCAAGUGAGGCGAUGAACCGGCAAUCGGCCCUCCAAGCGCCGCCACCGCCGCUGCUCCCGUGCUCCCGCAGCCCGAAGCGAGGGAGCGGCCACCGCAUCGGCGGCUGAAAGGCCAGGCCUGCGCCAGCCGCCUCCAACCGAAGCCGCGACGGCGGGGUCCGGCAGCAGCCCGGCGGCGUGGGGAAAGUUUUGCUCGGGGCCGAGCGGGCGGGGGCGGGGGCGGCCGCGAAGGGAUGAGGAGGGGGCCCGGCGCAACGCCGGGGUCUCUGCCGCCGCCGGCAAGCCGCGCAGAGGGUGGAGUGGCCGGGCGGCGCGGUGGGCGUUGAUCCCCCCCUCUCGCUCGCGGUCUCCGCCGCCCCCUCCCACUCCCCCGCCCGUUUCUCUGCCGGCCGGCCGCGCUCCUCGCCUCCCUGCCCGGGCGGGCGCGGCCAUUGCGGCCCCCGGCUGGGUGAGCAGGAGGAUGAUCACGAACACGCGGGGCUUCCUUUGGUCGGACCUGGAGACGCGGGCGCUGCUGGAGAUCUGGGGGGAGGCGGACGUGCAGAGCGCGCUGGACGGCAACUUUCGCAACAGCCAUGUGUACCGGGACGUGGCCUGCCGCUUGGCCGAGCUGGGCUUUGAACGCACCCCGGAGCAGUGCCGCAUCCGCAUCAAGGGCCUCAAGCGCCAGUACUACCAGGCCCGCGAAGGGCUCAAGAAGAACGGUCACGCCCGCAAGAUCUGCAAAUACUACGAAGAGAUGGACCGCAUUCUCAGCUGCAGGCAAGGCGGGCACGGCCUGGAUGGGCACGGGGUGGCCGAGCGGCCUCUGACCCCCGCGGGGGUGAUGGUGGUGGCGGCGACGGCGGCGGUCGGAGACGAAAGCCACCUCCAGCCCGCCAUGGUGCUCGCCGCGCCCCCUUCCGCCAGACAGAGCGGCUUCCGCAACAGCCGCCAGGCGGACCCGGAGGAGCAGGACGACGAAGACGACGACGAAGACAAGGAGGAAGAUGAGGAUGGUGGCGAGCUGGAGUCUUCCCCGCCGGACAACUUCCAGGACGACUCGGGCGAGUGCUCUUCUUACGCCGACCACGCCAUCAAAGUGGAAUGCCCCCCCUUCGCCAUCCCGAUACCACCUGCCGAAAGUUUUAAACAAAUUAAUGCUCACACCAAUGAAACACCAUUAUUAUCUCAGGCUAAAAGAUCAAAAAAGCGACAUGCAAAUUUAACACUGGACAAAAUGAUGGAAAAGUUUUUGCAACAAAGUAUGGAUACUGAAGAGAAGUUUUAUAAAUAUGAAGAACAACGGCUUAAAAUUGAAGACAAACGACGUGAAGCAGAGCAUGCCAGGGAGCUUCAGAUGUUGCAGAUGUUGGGACAGAUGUUAGCAGGAAUCUCUUCCACAGUAUCACAAAGAUCCCAGUUUGUACCAAGUAAUCCUUCGCAAAGAUCAAAUCACCGAUCGUAUGGAGAAAAUUUUAACUAUAAUUCUAUGACAACAACAUUAUCUCCACCCAUAGUUAUAGAGAGAUCUUUUUCAGUUCACAAAACACAUUCCAUAAAGGAGAUGGAAAAUAUAUUUCAAUUGGUGCGAAAUGUUAUUCCACCUUUAACUGCCAAAAAACACAAAGGCCAAGAUGGAAGAAUAGGAAUUGUUGGAGGAUGCCAAGAGUAUACAGGAGCACCAUAUUUUGCUGCAAUUUCUGCUCUCAAAGUGGGGGCAGACCUAUCACACGUAUUUUGUACCAAAGAUGCAGCAACUGUAAUAAAAUCUUACAGUCCAGAGCUUAUAGUUCAUCCAGUUCUUGACAGCCCUGAUGCUGUGCGUGAGGUAGAAAACUGGUUACCACGACUUCACUCAGUUGUCAUUGGACCAGGUUUGGGAAGAGAUGAUUUAUUACUUGAACAUGCCAAGGGCAUUAUAGAAAAAUCCAAGGUCAAAGGAAUUCCUAUUGUAAUUGAUGCUGAUGGUUUAUGGCUCAUUGCCCAACAGCCUUCUCUUAUUCAGGGUUAUCCUCGAGCUAUUCUUACUCCAAAUGCUAUGGAAUUUAGCAGACUCUAUGAGGCAAUGCUUAGAGAUCCUGUAGACAACAAUGAUUAUCAUGGCUGUUUGUUAAGGCUUAGCCAAGCCUUGGGGAACUUGACAAUUGUUCAGAAAGGCGAACGAGACCUCAUUUCAGAUGGAGAAAAAGUGCUUGUAUGUAGCCAUGAAGGAAGCAGCAGGAGGUGUGGGGGUCAAGGAGACAUCCUCUCUGGGUCCCUAGGAGUCCUAGCACACUGGGCCUUUCUUGCGGGACCAGAAAAAACAAAUGGUCAAAAUCCCUUUCUAGUGGCUGCAUUUGGAGCAUGUUCACUUACAAGGCAGUGCAACAACCAAGCAUUUCAGAAAUUUGGACGGUCCAUGACAGCCUCUGACAUGGUUUUAGAAAUUGGAACAGCCUUUAAUAAACUCUUUGAAACCUAAGACCAAAGCAGCAGAAGAGGAAGAAGAAGAACAGGUCUUGCAGCCACGAAAGUUACAGUAGGAUGUCCUUGUACAAUGCACCCUUUUUCAAGUGCUGUUAGCAGUAAUGGUAUACUAGGUAGUUUUUAUUUUUUAAAAUAAAAAGUGUAGGCAUUUUUAAAGGGUUUGGAAUAUUUUUUUUUCUUUGCCUUUUUUGGGAUGAAUAAGCUGUAGUUGCAGAUGUUACAAUAAAACAAAACUGAAAAUAUUUCCUCUGUUCUAUCUUACAGGUUGUUUUUUGAGCAAUAAUUACUAGUAGCAAAAAAUAUUCACAUGACAGGCAACAUAAAGAUCAGCCAACUGUGGAUUCAUAAGCCCCAUAUAUAUAUGUAAUUUGAAUUCAGCAGGGCUUAUUUUCUAGUAAGUACUUAAAGGUCUGUGAAGAUUCCCAGUCAUCCACGCAUGGUUGUCUCAAAGGUGCUUUUUCAAAAGGCAGACUGGGCUAUGUUUGUUCCUUGAGGAAGAUGAGUUUCACUUCUCACCCAAGAAGCUUCAUCAAUUCUGACAGGAUGAUGGUUUGGAGGAGGGGGGAUGGAAGGAUCAUAUUUCUUUGCCCUCAUCUGGUCUUUCACACCCUCUCUGAGACUCUGUGGCUCUCAAAGAGAGUGCUAACGACUGGAUGACUGAAAAUAAAUAUGAUCCUUCCACUCCUAUCCCCACCCCCAUCAUCCAGUUAGAACUGAUGAAGCUUCUUGGAAGAUAAGCAAAAUGUCAUCUUCCUCAAGGGAAAAAAAACACAAGUUCAGUUGCCUUUUGAAAAAGCACUUUUGAGAUAAUUAUUUAAAUGUUCAUGGCGCUGGACGUACUAAUUUCAAUGGAAGGAAAAUUAACUAUAUGUGAAGCUCUCCUGUUGAAAUAAAUGGGAUUUUAAAGUACUUGACUUUGGUGGCUUGUAUUAACAAUAUUCUUCCACCAGCUCAGCUUGCUAAAUUGAUUUGCAAGAAUUAAUUUGUUUUGUUCUCGUAACAAUUGCAGAGGCUCAGUUCUGUAUGCCACUUUUGAUAAGUGCCAUCUUUGAGCAGAGACUGCAUGCAAAUUGCCUUUGACUCCUUGGUCUGUAAAGAGACUAAUUUUUGUUCCUUUUUAAAAGGAAAGGAGGCGGGAGGGUUGGAAAUGCAUUGCCAGUUUUUGUUGUAAAGCAGCACCAAGAAGCUGUAAAUCAUGGCAUGUGAAAAUAGAGUUUGUUUAGCUGAAUGUAUUAAAGCUUCAUCUAUUAUUCAGUGCUAGUUUAGAACAUAAAACCAAGUCGUUUGCAGAGAAAUCAGGCACACUUGGAAUUAGGGGUUCAGCAGGUUAUAUUACAAAAGGGAGGAAUGUUUUAGAAACAGUUCACCAUAAGCAAUUCUUGCAUAGUCUUUGCACAGAGAUAGCUGUCAAUAGAAAGUGCCCUUCAUGCUUUUAUACUAGCAUUAAAAAUCACCUUGUAACAUACUACUGCAUGUGGACGUGUUUUUUAAGGGGGAGGGGGGGAAUCACCAGCAUUGAAGUUGAUUCAAAAAUAAAGUGAAGGAUUAACCUUAAUUGCACAAUAAGAUCACUCAGCCUACAGCAGACUGCAACAUAGAGAGAAGAUAGUUCAAAGCUCAGUAGCAAUUUAUUCUUAAUAUUCAGCUUCAUUGUAAGAAAGGCUAUAGAACCAUCCAAGAGCAUUCAGCUGCCCUAAGUGUAUCCUGUUAGCUUUACUGAAUGAAAAAAAAGCUUAAUUUGGUAUGAUUGAUGAACUAAAUAUUAUAAUUUCGGCAGUUUCAUCUCGUCGUAAUGGUUUUCAAAAGACUGCAUAGAAAGAUGAUGGGACGUAAUUGGUUUACUUGAAUGAUUAAUAACUUGCUACUAUGCGUAUUUACUCAGAAAUAAUGUCCCAACAAUUCAGUGGAGCUUAUUUCAAAGUAUAUAUGUGGAUAACGUAAGCCUUAGUGUAUACUUUCUAGUGCUAAAUUAGCACUCCUUUGUACGGACAGUUGCUGUUGGGGUUUGUUACAUGGUACAGUAGUUAAACAACAUUUAAUGGCAACUUUCUUUGUGCAAGCAGGAAAUUGCUCUGUAUAAAUUCAGUGCUUAUGGUUAAUAUUUCAAUGCACUGAGAUUUCUACCUCAGAACAAUACAUUUGUUUUCUUUAUAUUAAGAGUCUUCUUUUCUUUGGUUCUAUCAAAGUUCAGAGCACAGCUCAUUAAAAAGAAUUAUGGUACAGGUUCUGCUCCUUGGAAGUAUGGAUGAGGGAUUGCUCUACUGUAUGUGGAAGAAUAGGACAGCAAGGAAGAAAGUACCAAUGGGCCUUGCUUCCAAUUGUACAGAUUGACAUGGUUUUUCUUUCUGAAUUGACUCUAAAUAAGAGCCUGUUUCUCUGGAACCAAAAAUAUUUCAAAACUAGAAUCUGCCUGAAGCAGAUCCCAUGUUGACCUUCUAUUUCCAGAAAAUUGCAGUAGAACAUAAUCAUUAUUCUUCCUAUCUGUGUAGGUGACUAGGAUGUUAUAGUACACAGAAGUUUUACAUGACUAGCAUCCACAUAUAAACCACUUAGUGGAAAUUUUUAUUUCUUGCAUGCUGAAGGGAAUCUACAGUAGGACAGGCAAGUUGUGUCUAAACUCUAUAUCUCCCAUGUCUGUUGCAUUAUACAAUCUGAAGUUAUUUGAGGUACAAAAGGAUGAGAAGCAAGUCAACCAAUCAAGAUACUUCAUUUGUGGGUGUUAGACCCAUAAAGUGGAAUGGAUUCCCUGUAUUGUUGAAGUCACAGCAAG